AUGUCGAUGUCGAAGAGCUCCAAGAUGCUGCAAUUCAUAAACUACCGAAUGCGAGUGACGAUCCAAGACGGUCGGCAGCUCGUCGGCAAGUUCAUGGCCUUCGAUCGCCACAUGAACCUCGUCCUCGGCGACUGCGAGGAGUUUCGCAAGCUCCCUCCAUUGAAGGGCAAGAAGAGCAACGAGGAACGCGACGACCGUCGAACCCUAGGCCUCGUCCUCCUCCGCGGCGAAGAGGUGAUCUCCAUGACCGUCGAGGGACCGCCUCCUCAGGAAGAGUCACGUGCCAAGGCUGCCAGCGCCGCCGCUUUGGCUGGCCCCGGUUUGGGCCGGGCCGCCGGUCGAGGUAUCCCCACUGCUCCAUUGGCCCAGGCACAGCCCGGACUCUCCGGCCCGGUUCGCGGCGUGGGUGGGCCCGCCCCUGGCAUGAUGCAGCCGCAGAUUUCACGCCCUCCUGUCCCGAACCUCUCUGCGCCGCCUAUGUCGUACCCGGCUGCUCCGGUGAUUCGUCCGCCUGGGCAGAUGCCUGGAUAUCCCGGUCAGGGCCCACCGCAGAUGGCGCGGGGUCCACCGCCUGGUGUGCCGCCUCCGCAGUUUCCGAGGCCUGGUGGCCCACCUCCGCAAUUCCAGGGCCCACCUCAGAUGCAGUUUGGGCAGAGGCCGAUGGGUCCUCCGCCGCCUGGGCAGAUGAUGAGGGGCCCACCUCCUCCGCCUCGACCCGGCAUGCCUGGUCCACCACCGCAUCGUCCUGGGAUGCCGCCUCCACCUGGUGGUCAAGUUCCUGUGUUUGGACCCCCUCGUCCUGGAAUGCCACCUCCACCUCAGAACCAGCAACAAAAUCAGCAGCAGCAGUGA